GACAUUUUUCUUUAAACUCGUAUGUUUAUAUACUUUCCGCUCAAAAACCUAAUCCUAGCUCCCCUAUCAAACGCGAAGCAGUUGGCCCAGGAAAGGGAGAAAAUGAGUAAAGGAAGCAGCGGAGCCGCCACUAAAGGUGGGAAGAAGAAGGGUGUGACCUUCGUCAUCGACUGCUCGAAGCCGGUGGAUGACAAAAUCAUGGAUAUCGCCUCUCUGGAGCAGUUCCUCCAGGAGCGAAUCAAGGUCGGCGGUAAGGCCGGAGCGCUAGGAGACUCAGUUACCAUCACCCGAGAUAAAACCAAAAUUACCGUCACGGCAGACUCCAACUUUUCCAAGCGGUAUUUGAAAUACUUAACAAAGAAGUAUCUGAAGAAGAACAGUGUGCGAGAUUGGCUGCGUGUUAUAUCCUCGAACAAGGAUAAAAAUGUGUAUGAAUUGAGAUACUUCAACAUUGCUGAAAAUGAGGCGGAGGAUGAAGAUUAAGAGGUUGAAUUACACCUUUCAAUCUCUAGACACCAUUGAAUUAUUAGUUUAAAGUGCUUGAAUUUUCAUUCCUGAGAUAGAUGUGCUGAAACAGCUACAAAAACUGAAUUUUGGUGACUACGUUGUGAGCAUAUCAUUUGGUAAGAAUGUUUUGUUUCAAUAGUAUUUUCUUGACUGCCAUUAACAUCGGUAUGGUAUUAGACUUUUGUGGCAACACCUUUGUUAUGGUUUUUGAAAAAAUGUUUUUAUAUUGUUGCCUUGGUGGUUUGUUAUUCAUAUAAUCUUUUUUGCUCAUGCUUGUUUCAAAGGCAGUGCUCUUCCAGAGGAAGCUAUAGUAAUAAUAUUAAUUAUUGAUUUAUGUGUCACA